AUGAGGCGGUCGUCAGCCGGCACCGCCGGCAGCGGCCGAGGCCGUGGCCGCGGUGGUGCUCGAGGUGGCCGUGGGGGAGGCAGAGGAGGCAGAGGCGGAGCCGUCUUAGCAGCACUACCCGGAGACCCAGUACCGGCGGGCCGCAAGCGGCGGUACCGGCCGGGGACGCUGGCGCUGCGCGAGAUCCGGCGGCUGCAGAACGGCACGGACCUGCUGAUCCGCAAGCUGCCGUUCGCGCGGCUGGUGCGCGAGAUCGCCAUGGGCUUCCGCCCGCGCGACGACGGCCUGCGCUGGCAGUCCCAGGCCAUCCAGGCCAUCCAGGAGGCCGCCGAGGCCUUCCUCGUCCACCUGUUCGAGGACACCAACCUGUGCGCCAUCCACGCCAAGCGCGUCACCAUCAUGCAGAAGGACAUCCAGCUCGCGCGGCGCAUCCGCGGCAUCUGGGGCGGCAUCGGCUAA